AAAAAUAAAGUUUUCUGCCCUAUACUUCCUUCACUGUUCAGCAAUCUUUAUAUAUAUAUAAACACCCACCGCCCUCAUCCACCAUUAACAUUCAUGACAUUCAACUCAAAAACACAGAGGCUCAAUGGCUCAUCUUUUUCCACUAUUCGACUAAUCAAAGAACAAAGAACGAGGUAGUUUUUUUUUUUUUCCCCUUUGGAAACCCUCCUUUUAAAGCACACACCAUGGACAAAAACCAUGACCAGUCUUCAUUAUCUCACCUUCCCCAAGAAGAACCCACCGCUACAACCACCACCACCACCACCACCACAACCUCCGAUACCACUAGCACUACUAGGAAGUGUAAAGGCAAAGGUGGACCUGAUAAUAACAAGUUCAGAUAUAGAGGUGUAAGGCAAAGGAGUUGGGGUAAAUGGGUAGCUGAGAUCCGUGAACCUCGUAAACGUACAAGGAAAUGGCUUGGUACUUUUGCUUCAGCUGAAGAAGCUGCUCGUGCUUAUGAUCGAGCUGCUAUUGUUCUUUAUGGUUCUAAAGCUCAACUUAAUCUUCAACCUUCUGUUUCAUCUUCGUCUUCGUCUUCAUCUUCACGAAGUUCUUCGUCAUCUUCUUCUUCUUCAACUACACAAAGUUUAAGGCCUUUACUUCCAAGGCCUUCAGGGUUUUCUUUUAGUUACUCAAACCCCACUUCUUACCAAGCUUCUUUAAUGGCCGCCGCCGCCUCUAACGGUGGUUCUGGUGGUGGUUAUUCAAGGUUUAUGCCAUAUGGGGUUUAUCAACAACAGACUAUGAUGUAUCCGUCCAUGGUUCAAAAUCCUUUACAGAUAGUUCAAAGUGAACCUAGCCUUGUUGUUGACCCUACUGUGACGACAACCUCGUAUAUGAAUAACGCUAACCCUCAACAAGUACAACAACAUGAUCAACAAGGUGCUUUGUACGAUGAUGUUAACUCUCUUGUCGGUUCAGUUGGUUCAAGCUUGUCUUUAUCGGGUCAAACAUCGGUUGCACCUGUGGUUUCGGAUCCUGGUUUAACAGUUGGACCUGGUUCACCAUCUAUAUGGCCUUUAACAACUGAUGAUGAAUACCCACCACCUUUCAUUUGGGAUUACAUGGAUCCUAAUUUCAUCUUCGAUUUUUAAGGGGUUUUGCAUGCAAGUUUUUUCAAAAUUGAAGGACCGAUUCAGCAAAUAGUAAUACUUCGAAAGAGCAAAGUGCAAGGAAAAAUAAAGAGAUUUUGCUUUAUUUUCAUUAAUUUUAUAGAGCUGCAUGUGUUGUUUCUAUACACUGCCUUGAUGAGAAACCAACUGGAGGAAACUUUGAGAGAUUUUUUUUCAAGGUAUACAAGGCGAAGGCCAGGUUUUAUAUAUAUAU